AAACUCAACAACAAAUCGAUUUGUCUCUGAGUUUCAGUGACAACCUUGAGAACCAGCAGUGUGUGUUGCGGGUCACUAAAGCUGCAGUGGUUUCUGUCCCUCAGCGUGUGGUGUUCUCUGCACGGAUCAGUCUUCAACCUGAUCCUGCUGCUGCUGCUGGCCUGUCACUCCAAAGCCGUCUUCUCAGAUCCCGGUAAGGUGCCUCUUCCCGACACGGCCAUCGACUUCUCAGACCUUCGCUCGCAGUCGACUCGGAUGAACGAGCGGGGCUGCGAGGGCUGGACGGUGUGCAGCCGCUGUGAAACCUACAGACCUCCCAGAGCGCACCACUGCCGCGUCUGUCAGAGGUGCAUACGCCGCAUGGACCAUCACUGUCCAUGGAUCAACAACUGUGUCGGUGAACUAAACCAAAAGUAUUUCAUCCAGUUUCUCUUCUACACUGGCAUGGCCAGUCUGUACUCCAUGGUGCUCGUGGUGUCGGCCUGGGUAUGGCGGAUAAGGAACGAGAGAGAUGGCGACGCAGAGACAGAAGGAGAGGAGACGCCCAGCAAACACCUGAUAGUCGCUCACUACAUCAUCCUGCUGGUGGAGUCUGUGCUGUUCGGUGUGUUUGUCAUGGUUAUCUUCUAUGAUCAGUUAAUCUCCAUCAUCACAGACGAGUCUCCGAUAGAGCAGAUGAGGAACAGACUGAUGAUCAAGGACAGAGGAGCCUCGUCUUCCUCCCCUACCUCCUCCUCACAGCUGCCUCACCCCCCCUCACACACCCGUAAGCCCAAGCUCGCUCUGCUGCGGGAGGUCUUCGGACGAGGUUCAGUCUUUUUUUGGUUUCUUCCUCUGCACUCCAGCCCUCCGUCCGUCGGCGGCGUCACCUACUCGGCACUGCCCGACUAUGACGUCUGACCUCUGGUCUGUGAGCGAGGAUGAGGUUUUGUGUGUGUGUGUUUACGUGUGAGAGUGAAUUUGCUGCCUAACUACGAUGUCUUAUCUUUGGCGAUGAAGAGGAAGGUGGACAAAGGCCGACAUAGGGGAUGAAUGAAGAGAGAGAGAGAAUAUGAGAUGAAUGUGUGUGUUUGUGGUUUCAUCCCCAGGAAAAGAAAAGUUCAGCCUCAGACUCAUGGAAAUCUGUUUCCUGUCUUUCCUGUAAUGAGGGAAAGACUCAUGUUCUGUCCCGACCGACAGACAGACAUACUUUACUCAUGUCUAUCUAUCUAUCUAUAAACGAACAACCAGCAUUCUCUUCUUAUUUAAACUUUUUAUUUUGAAAUUGACACAUUGUGUCGACUCUGGGGUUUGACUGAUACAGGUUUAGCAAACUGGAUAUUUUUACGUGUGUUCACAAAACGGCCAGAAGGUUAGAAGAAGAAAGAAAUUCCCCACAUGAGGCAUCAGUCCUGACACUUUGCAAAGCUUUUGUUCCAACUCUCUGAAAUACUGAGAAAUGGACAUGAUGACAAUUAGAAAAGAAAUCCAGAAAUGCCUGCACUGGUUUAUACAACUUACCACUAGGGGGACACUGUAAAUACGACCUCCUCGGUGAAGGUUGAAAUGGUACAAACAUUCACGUGUACUCGAAGCAAUCCACCUUCUUCCUUCUACUGUUUACCGCCAUCGCACAGCGCCUUCUACCGACGACCAAUCCUUGUUUACAAUGGUUCUGCUCAAAGCCGGUUCCAGGACGUCUGAAUGGAACCAGUUUCAGAACCAGAGCUGAUUCUUCGGAAAGUGUUAUUGUUCUUUGAGCAGCUUUGGGAAAGGGAGGACCCCUAGUGGUAGGACGAGAUACUUUGGUGGCGAUUAACCCACCGAUUUCUGGUUUUGAAGCUUUUAAACCCAAGUGUCAGUCGAACUCCAGCUGAUUUUAGUUUUUUUUUUACAAUGUGGGUUUGAGGGAUUUGACUUCUCACCAGUAUUUAUGCUAAGAGACGUUCAGGAGCAGAAAGCCUCGAUCUCUGACUGUAAACUGAUCGUUGAGAACUGUGACAGCUGAAAACACUGUUACUGAAUUUUGUUUUGUUCCCAAAAGAAAUUAUCUAUGUUGUUUUUUUUUUGUACAGAAUCAGAUUCUGUAUUUGUUGUUUGUUUUUCUCAAUUCUACUUAAUGUUGAAGUCAAGCUUUAAGAAAUGACUCGGGAUGCACUGAUGUGGAGUCUUGAAGGUGAUAUCAAAUAUUUUUCCAUCAGGUGAAUCUUAAACACUUUUGCCUGUAAUUGGUAAAUAACAGUGUGCUGUUAAAACUCAGUGAAGGGAUGAUUCUUAACUUAUUUAUUGUUUCUGAAUAUUCUGUGGAAUUUUCUGUGUCAAUUACUGUAUUUUUAUGUUACGGGUGAAGCUGCCUUUUUUACACUGAUGGGUUUAAAUUUGCUGCUUCGUUUUAUGUGGAUCUAUUGAAAAAUCAAAACAUUAAACUUUAGCCAAAGAUUAUCUUAAAUUUCACCAUGUACGCCAGGAAGUGUUUAAUUUGGCUGAAGAAGUUCUCACAUUUUUAUAAUAAAUAGAUAAGAACUACCUAAAAUGACAGAAAUCAUCUUUUGGCGUACAUACAGAUCUAUCAUUUAUUUUUUUGUGGUUCAUGUCCCAACCACUAACAUGGAGGAGGCAGGUUUUUAUGAUCAAUACUGCAGCCUGCCUCCAGGGGGCAAUCCAGAUAUUUUUGGCAGCUUCACCCACCAGUGUGUUUUCAUGAAUGUGUAUAUUGAUAUUCUGAAUUCUGUGUUUGACUUGGGUUUAACUGUUUCUGAUACACAAGGGAACUUUGUGUUACAGUGGGUUGUGUGACUUUAUCCAUUUUAACUAAGUUGUUGUGACGCUCCUUUAAAAACAACACAUUUCCUUAUUUGAAGUGACUUCAUCACUUGGACCAAUAUGGAUUUUUAAAAUACACUUUUCAUGUUUUCAAAGAAAAUCGAAUUCCUGAUAUUUACCGACGAUCUAUUUUAAGUUCAGUACAGUUUUCUUUUGCAAAAUUGGAUUCAUUUGCGAUUCACAACUACACAACUCAAAAGUGUCCGACACCUGACAGACAUUUCAAACUGAAUGUUCUUUGUCCAGGGGUGUGUUAACUAUCAGGGUACUGGCUCGCUUGUUUGACUCUGUUGAGAAAUGCAGUCGUUCUAUUUUAAUUGUAUCAAUGCCGAUCAAAGGGGUGCGCUUGUUUUCGUUUUGUCCACAUCUGUGCAGUUGCUUCCUUCCCACUGAUCCAAUCGAUCUCAUAAUUUGCGUGUCUCAAGAACAGUUUUUUAUUGCUACUUGGUUUGUGAUUUGACACGAUGCAUUCGAUAUUCACCGAGUUCGAACAAAUAGAAGACCAGCGCCGACUGAACUUUGGAUGAACAGCAGCUCGUUGUGUUACUUGCUGCAGCUCAAUCACCGCAGGUCACUUUCACAGUUUCAGAGAGAACGCUGCAACCAGCAUCAGCACAGUACACAGCCCGUUCUGAACAGACCGGUUUAGAAAGGAGGCUGCAACUACAAGCGACACUGCAACAUUGACUCGCCCGCAGGAGCAAAGCAAGCGCACCCCAUCAGCUGUUAAACUUGACAGCGGGAAGGAAUGUGUGAACAACUAAAGAGGGCAGGGAAUUAACUCUUAGCCACCAGCCAACAGAACGUCACACACGUUUGAAACUACUUCAAGAAUCAAUCAGGUUAUUUAGAAAACAAUGAAUGUUCAUGUUUUCCACACUCAGCUUCGCCUCCUAAAGAAUUUUCCUCAGCAGGAAAAACUUGAUGUUUGUUGGCUGAUUGGUCGAACAAGUUAGUUUCCCGCCCUCGUAACAAAACCAUAAAGAGUUUAAUAUCAUGUGGCUUCAUGAUGAACAAGUUUACAAACCGUGACCUGUGUAUUAUUCCUAUUGACAUGCUGCUCAUGCUCGUUCAACCGGAAGUAAAACUGAUGUCUUUUAAACUA